CCCCGCCCCCUCAAAAGAUCCAAAAAUGACAUCACGCUUUGCAAUUCCCACGUUAGGUCCAACAAGCCGGUACGGAGCUCCGCAGAAACUCAAAGAAACGACUACGAGUUCACUGUAGCAAUCAAGACCACGGAUUUACAGUUUUCCCUGUGGAAGUUGUUUAGAUUUCUAUCCAGAGAUCGGAAACUUUCGUUUUAUGUCUCAUGCCAGGACACUAAAUUGAGUCCUUUUUUUGUUCUACUGUCGUUUUAAUUAAUUAUCUAUAUUUUGAAGGUUGGAAACUGGACUGAUCAAAAGCUUUCAUAUCGUGGAAUAAUGAGUGGCUCCUCCUGGAUUCACCAUUAUUUGUGGAUUUAACCCCCUGUUUCAGAAAAGACUGUAGAUGGUACAUUUUACUGACGAUAUGGACUUUCCUUUGCGAAUUCACCUUUUUACUGCUUUUGUCUCCUGUAUUAAGGUUUAUGCUCAAGUGGUUCUACCUACAAAGCACCCAGGCCUGCAGGUGUUGGCCUCGGCCUCACAUUAUUGGCCCCUGGACGCCGUGGAUGGAAUCCAUGAACUGUGGGACCAGAUUGGAAACAGACCAGGUUAUGUUAACGGAAGUAACAUAAAUAUUGUUGAGGGAAUGGUCAACAAAGGCAUCUUUCUAAAUGGAGAUAACGGCGGUACCUUUCUCCACUUUGGAAACUACCAGAACUCUUGCAUUAGUGACCCUACAUGGUGUGGUCCUCAGGGGAUUACCUUCUCCUUUUUUUGGAAAAACCAGGAGACGCAGUCCCGUUUUGCUGUAGCCUCUGGAGGGAAAGUUAUCUCCAACGGCUUCUCCGUGUACGCCAAUAACCACGGAGGAUAUGUUGAGUUUUACACUAGAGGCAACAACCAAAGAUGGAAGGCCAACAUCACCGUCCCUGGGCCUUACUGGACUCAAGUUCUCUUCGCAUGGAAGAAAAGCGUUGGUCUGAAGGUCUACAUCAACGGGACCUUCACCGCUGGCGACACAGCCGGCAGUGUCUCAGAAAGCUAUGGUGACGCCUACUCUGACCUGGUCAUUGGAACUGGCAACGACAGGGCAUACGGUCACUACGUAACCGGCGCCUUCGAUGAGUUUGUCAUCUGGGAAAGGGCCCUUACUCCUGGCGAGAUCUCGCUCUACUACAGAGCGGCCAUCGGGCAGGCCAUGGUUUCUGCCACAACACCCAGAGUCUCCAAAGAAGUCACUUCGACUGCACCAACAGCUAGCGCCCCUGAAGUGAGUCCUCCCGUGGACAGCAGCCGGCGACAGGAGAGCCAAAGCCCUGAGGACCCGGAGUCCUUGCCGGUGCUGGGGUUCCUCAAGGUGCUGCCCAACAGGACCAUUCCACACGACACUGCCAACAACCUCACACAGAGUUUUCUCAAAAGUGUGGAAGAAGUGCUGUCCUCCCCGGGGCUGUUACAGCAGUCCAUCCCUGUGGUCAGCGGUCUGAUCGAGACCGUGGACAUGGUGAUGGAACACAUGGUGACUAACCUGGAGGCCGGCCCAGACUCCCUCGGUGGAACGUCCUUUGUUGCAGACUACUCUCUGAUGAAAUUCCCACAGAACUACAACCUGCCACACUACCGCUUCCCCACACAAGGCAUGAGUUACAUCUCGGUGCCGGGAGAGGCUUUCGCCAUGCAGUCUCAAACCACCAUCGUCGGCCUGUUCUACCACAACAUGCACAGCUACUACAAAGAGAUCAGCCCCGUCAAGACCAAGAUUAGCACGGCAGCUGAUUUUAAGGAUUUCAAUAUCCAGGUAGCAAGCUGUCUGAUCUCUCUGAAAGUGGAGCCCCUCCCGGCCCUGUCAGUGAACCUCUCCGGAGCGCCACUCAUCAAGAUUGUGCUCACCCACAUCCUGACCGAAGAACAGCAAGAGCAAGUCCUAAAUCAAAGCAAUAAAGUCUUCCUCUACUGUGCCUUCUUGGACUACAGUUCCAGUGAGGCAGUGUGGUCCAAUGUAGGCUGCGUACGCUCAGAUGGAAACAUGACGUACUCUGUGUGUUUGUGCAACCACCUCACCAACUUCGCCAUUCUUAUGCAAGUGGUGCCAUUAAAGCUCACUACUGGCCACAGGGUGGCACUAUCAACCAUCGGUUACGUCGGCUGCUCAAUUUCCAUCAUCUGUCUCGCCAUCACUCUGGUGACUUUUGCCGUUCUGUCGUCAGUGAGUACCAUCCGUAACCAACGCUACCACAUCCACGCCAACCUGUCCUUUGCCAUCCUGGUGGCGGAGAUCCUGCUCCUCAUCAGCUCUCGCUUCGAGCCGGGAACGUUGCCUUGUAAGGUAAUGGCGGUCCUGCUUCACUUCUUCUUUCUGAGCGCCUUUGCAUGGAUGCUGGUGGAGGGCCUCCACCUCUACAGCAUGGUGGUCAAGGUGUUCGGCUCUGAGGGCAGCAAACACUUGUACUACUACGGCAUUGGCUGGGGCUCUCCGUUGGUGAUAUGUGUCGUGUCAAUGACAUCAGCUCUGAACAGUUAUGGCGAGGUUGACAACUGUUGGCUUUCACUGACGAAUGGUGCAAUCUGGGCAUUCGUGGCCCCGGCUCUAUUUGUCAUUGUGGUGAACGUCGGCAUUCUGAUAUCUGUCACAAGGAUCAUAUCUCGAAUCAGCGGGGAGAGUUACAAGGUUCACGGAGAUGCCAAUGCAGUGAAGCUGACUGUAAAGGCGGUGGCCGUGCUCCUCCCCAUACUCGGCAUCUCCUGGAUCUUUGGCGUUCUCGCUGUCAACACACACUCUUUGCCGUUCCUGUAUAUUUUUGCUGUAUUCAAUUCGUUACAAGGGUUCUUUGUCUUCUUGUUUCACUGUCUUCUCAACUCGGAGGUGAGAGCUGCUUUCAAACACAAAACCAAAGUGUGGUCUCUCACGAGCAGCUCCAUCCGAAACGUCAACGUGAAGCCAUUCAACUCGGACAUUAUGAAUGGAAACAAGGAGGGCGUGAUGCCCACCAAGAUGAACACAUGGGACAAAAGCACCAACUCUGCCAAUCGCAUCGACCUCUCCGCCGUGUAGAAGAAGCGCUCCUGUCCGUGGUAGGACAGCAAUCCCUCACGGGUGUAGAAUGACAAAACCCCGGCCAGAGUAUCCUCCCACUAUGUUAUGCAAUGAAUGUGACACUCAUCUGCUGAAGGGAAAGUUACACCAGAAGGAGAUGUUGUUUAGCUGAAUGUUUAGCUGAAUAAUACCUUCGCCUUUAAAGACAAACAGACUAUAAGGACUGUGCCUUGUUGUUGCCUAAUAAAAAGUUUUAAAAGUUUUCCCAAAAACAAGAGCAGGGAUUUCUGAGGAUGUCAGUGAGAGUCUCAGCUUCCAGGGGUGCUGUUCAGGAUCUGGUUAACAACACUAUCUGUAAUGGAGCGUCUGGAAUUGUCUGCUGUAUGGUCCUUCUGUAUAGCGCAGUUGAUUUACUAAUUGGCAAGAGUUUAUGUUUGACGCUUAUUCCUUUUCUUGCAGAGCAACAAUCUGUUCAGAGAAUAUUAAGCCAGCGCCAGCAGCCGUUUAGGUUUACUUUGCACAAUGAAUAGCUGAUCAGUCCAUAAUCAACACAUCUAAAACAGACGUGUAAAUAGGACAUAUUAUGGAUUAAAGGUUAUGUGUCUAGACUAGCAAUCCAUGCCAUCCGUGUCCCCUGUUUCCAGAAUUUGUGCUAAACUAAGCUAAAGUAAUCUGCUGCUGGUGGCAUAUUUAAAGUACAUGAGGAUAAACAGCAAUAUUUUCAUCAGAUUCUGUUAUUCCUUAAUAAGCUUUAAUAAAGCAAUUAUAUUUACUUUGAUUUACUCACAGAAAAUGUAACAUCGAUGAUUAUACGUUUUCAGGGCAAAAACAAUCAGUACUUGUUUCUUAAAUUGUCAGAUUUGUCCAUUGAAAAUAAACACAUAAUGAUUUUUCCAGCUGUUAAGAGUAUUCAUCAUCACAAGUGUCAUAAUUCUUUUCAGUCAUAAGAACUUCUCCAAGAAUUAAAGCCCUAAUGUAACUCUGAUAUAAUGUAUUUAUUUAUUUUGUGAUUCUGUAUUAUUUCUUCUGCAAAGUUUCACAACUCAACAAUCUGUAUGUUCUCAUGUUAAAUUCUGUGUUUUUUGUGUAUGUUUUCUCCCUUGAAAUUAACUGGUAUAUUUGCAGCACCUUACAUCUAAGUAAGCUGCAGUAUUUUAAGCUUGUUGGGGAAUAGUGAAUACUGGUUGUGUGAUUGUGACACAAUUCUGUGAAGUUGUAUGGUGUCUGAAGCUAUUUCUGUUGCUAAUUUCUUUUACAUUUUCAUACAUAUUUUUAAAAUUAAAUAUGUUCAAGCUUUUUUUCUUAAAUACUGUGAGGAUGGAGGGAGAGGGCAUGACUAAAAAUGUCAUUGAUCUUACAACAUUAAGUUUCAUGAAACAGGAUUUACUGUAAGUCACUUUGCGCUCACUUUCCAUGUCAAAUUCGAUGUUAAAUAUUUCAAUAUUUCUAUGCUUGUAUGGCCUUUGAUGAUUGUUGUUUUAUGGUACUAUGGUUUGUGUUUCCAGUUAUCUUUAUUAAAGAAAACGUUUAUGAC